CAGAGCAGACCUGUCAGAGCAGCUGUACCUGUGAACGUUCCUGGAGCCGAAGCUCUUCUGCACAGAGGAGGACAAAGUAGGUGGCAGGGACUAUGGAGACCCCUUCAGUCCCUCCCUGUACCCGUCGUGUCCCCUGGCAGGGGCUCCUGCUCAUAGUCUCACUUCUCACCUCCUGGAACCCGCCCACCACUGCCCAGCUCACUGUUGAAACCGUGCCGCCCAGUGCUGCAGAGGGGACAGAUGUCCUUCUACUCGUCCACAGUCUGACAGACAGUCCUUUGGGCUACAGCUGGUACAAAGGAAACAGGGUGGAUAGCAGCAGUCAAAUUCUAGCAUACCUAGUAGCCACUCAGACGAGUACCCCAGGGCCUGCACUCAGCGGUCGAGAGACAAUAUACCCCAAUGGGACCCUGCUAUUGCGGAAUGUCCCCCAGAACGACACAGGAUACUACACCAUACAAGUCUUAACACAAAAUCUUCUGAGUGAAGAAGCAACUGGACAGUUACGCGUGUACCCGGAGUUACCCAGACCCUUCAUCACAAGCAACAACUCCAACCCCGUGGAAAACAAAGACUCUGUGGCAUUAACCUGUGAACCAGCAGCUCAGAAUGUGACCUACCUGUGGUGGCUAAACAAUCAGAACCUCCCAGUCAGUCCCAGGCUGCAGCUGUCCCCGGAUAACAGCACUCUCACUUUACUCAGUGUCACUAGGUCUGACUCAGGACCCUUUGUGUGUGAAACACGGAACCCAGUGAGUGCCAAGAGCAGUGACCCCUUCACCCUGAAUGUUCUCUAUGGCCCCGACACCCCCACCAUUUCCCCUCCAGAGUCAUCUUACAUUUCGGGGGCAAACCUCAACCUCUCCUGCCACGCAGACUCAAACCCACCUGCAAACUAUUCUUGGCUUAUCAAUGAGAGGUCACGGCGAGACACACAAGUGCUCUUUAUCCCCGGAAUCACUACAAAGGAUAGCGGAUCCUACGCCUGCCGUGCCCAUAACUCAGCCACAGGCCUCAGUGUGACCGCAGUCAAGAAAAUCACAGUCUCGGAUCCUUCAGAUCCUCCAGUGCCAGGAAGUUCUCCUGGCCUCUCAGCGGCAGCCACUGUUGGCAUCGUGAUUGGAGUACUGGCCAGGGUGGCUCUGAUAUAGCAACCUUGCUGCAUUUUCUGUAUUUCUGGAAGAUUGGCAGGCGGAUGAAAUUGCCUAGUCUUCUUUGAACUUCAAAGCCCAGAAACCAACACAACCAACUUCAGCCUCCCCAUCCCCAGUGACCACAGAGACAAUUUAUUCAGAAGUAAAAAAGAAGUAAUGCAACCUG